CACGGUGUCAGCACAUGAAGUCUCGAAGGGCCUUCUUGGGGGAAACUUGAAGGCUACCCGUCUAGCAACAUUGUCAAAACCUUUCCCUGAAUAUCGUGUCAACUAUGGGGUCUCCAUCUCAGGACAAUGCCAUCCCAGCGCACUGCCCUAAUACCCUUCUGACAAGUGUCGCCGCGAACCAGGUCUGCAAGUCGUUUGGCAUCAAGAUCUCGGCAAACGCGCAGGUCGUCCAAGUCGCCCACAAUGCCUGUUUCGACUCGCUCUUCAUAGACCUCGAGCACGGCUGGUUGUCCCUAGACGAGGCCAGCAACCUGUGCAACGUCGGCCUGCUCUCUGGGAUCACACCCUUUGUGCGGGUCCCGCAUCAGUGUGGCAACGGCUUCGUGCAGAGGGUCCUCGAUGGCGGCGCGAUGGGCAUCGUAUUCCCACACAUCGAAAACAAAUCCGAGGCCGAGGCUGCGGUGCGGAUCUGCAAGUAUCCGCCGUUCGGGUGUCGUUCCAUGACAGGCAUGCUGCCCCUCUUCGGCAUGCGCAAGACUUCGCUCAGCACCGCUUCAGAGGUUGGCAACGCUCUGGGCUCCACCGUUAUCGUCAUGAUCGAGAGCCAGGCGGCUGUCGACCGUGCUGAUGAGAUUGCGGCUGUGGACGGUGUCGAGGUCCUCCUGAUCGGGUCCAACGACCUUAGCAUCGACCAGGGAGUCGGCGGCCAGUGGCACCACGCGUCCUACAGGUCCGCCAUGGAAAAGGUCAGCCAAGCCUGCCGCAAAGCAGGUAAGGUGUUUGGUGUCGCUGGGGUUUACGAUGAUCCGGAGCUGCACAACUGGUUCAUAAACACACUCGGCGCCCGGUUCUUGCUUGUCCAACAAGACAUAUCCCUUAUCGCCUCCGGGGGUGCGCAAGCUGUCAAAUCGAUACCUGCCGUUUCAAAUUUAUGA